CGACACUGUUUCUGUUCCGACAUUUUGCAUCCAAACACCUCUGUUAGUGUCUGUUUCCAGAAUUUUUGCCUGGAGACGUAAAGAGAAAUACCCACCAAACGAUCUAGGGAUCUUUGCCGUUCUUCGAUUAGCCGAUAGUUGAAGCUUUUUAAGAGACAUCAAUGGUGAGCCAAGGAAUGGUGUCUCUCACCAAAUCUCUAUGCACUACAACUCCAAGAAUCCGCCUCAAGAAUCCAAAGAUAAUGCACAACCUAAAGACCGGCACUUCUCAUCAUCUCCGCGUCUUAUGCACAAAGAUGUCUCAGUGGGAACCAUCACCUUUCAUUCGUUCCUCUGCACAAGAAGCUGGUAACAUAGUACUGGAGAAAACCCCAAACGUGUUCGAAUCUAUCAUAUCCGAAACUGAACAGGAGGAGCAGACUACUAACUCUCACCAAGUUCAGGUUUUUAAAUGGCCGAUAUGGCUUUUAGGUCCUUCUGUUCUACUCACAAGCGGUAUGGCACCUACGUUAUGGCUUCCAUUGUCAUCGGUUUUCGUGGGUUCAAACGUGGUUAGCGUGCUUUCUUUGAUCGGUUUGGAUUGCAUUUUCAACCUCGGAGCGACCCUUUUCUUGCUAAUGGCUGAUUCUUGCGCUCGUCCUAAAGACCCAUCACUGUCCUGCAAGAGCAAACCACCGUUUAGCUACAAGUUCUGGAAUGUUUUCGCGCUCUUAACCGGGUUUCUCGUCCCAACGCUACUUCUCUUCGGUUCCCAAACCGGUUUACUCGGUUCGCUCCAGCCUGAGCUUCCUUUUGUAUCGUCAGCUGUUCUUCUCUUGCCGUACUUUAUUCUCCUCGCGGUUCAGACGUUGACGGAGAUCCUCACGUGGAGUUGGCAGUCACCGGUGUGGCUAGUGACGCCGGUUGUCUACGAGGCGUACCGGGUUCUGCAGCUGAUGAGAGGGUUGAAGCUAAGCGCGGAGGUGAACGCACCGGUUUGGGUGGUUCAUAUGAUACGUGGGCUUGUCUCUUGGUGGGUGUUGAUCUUGGGGAUGCAGCUCAUGAGAGUUGCUUGGUUUGCUGGUUAUGCAUCUAGAACAACAACAACAACUAAUCAGCAACCAGAAUCAUCAGUGACUUCUAAGUAAUGAUAGAUAGUUUUAUCUCUUCUGUGUACCUUUGCAGUCAGACAUGUCUGAAAGAAAAGGAUAUGUAAUUCUUUUACUAUAUAGUUUUAAAUUUUUGGUGAUAAUAGCAAAAACAUAUUCUUAAUA